UAGAGUAAACAUAGUCUGAUUUUGAGACGAACUGUGAGAGGGCUUUUUCUUUUUCAACUCAAUAAGCAGCAGUGCAGCGGCGAAGAAGAGAUACAAAGGAGCUCGUUGUUUUCUGAGGCUGCAAUUAUGGGGGUAAAUCAAAGUAAAAGUGAUGUAUAUAAACAGGUUGAAGAUAUCAUCCGAGUUGAUGAUAAGCAUGGAUUCAUCUCUUUCUUUGCAAGCCAAUCAGAGAAAGAGAAGUCUGGGGAUUGUGACACCGCACUGCUGGAAGGAGCGACUGGAGAAAAAGAAGACCUAGUCCGAGUUGACGAUAACCUUGAACCUGCCUUCUAUGUUAACAGCCUUUUGGAGAAAGCGAAGUCUCGGGCAAGAAAAAAUGCUGUCAACUCAUCUAAUGUCGUGAGGUUGAUUUGUUUGCACGGAGCAAAGGAUUGUGCCUCUGUGUUGCUGGAAGAGAAAACUGGACUUAAAGUGGAUCUUAACAUGGCACUGGAAAGUGGAUUUUACCCAUUGCACCAUGCUGCUGAAUACUUAUCUUCUGGAGUUACAGAAAUCUUUCUGCGGCAUGGAGCUUUGACUUCUCUACCUUGCUCUGUUGAUUCAUCAAAGUACAAUGGAAUGCUCCCACUAAAUGUUGCACUUGAAGCAAUGUGCUCACAUGAGUACCUCAGUGAUUGGACUCCGCAGAAAUCGAUCUUCAAGCUGAUUUAUAUACUUUGCAUGCCACAGCUGCUUGAAGCAUUGAAAACCAUAGAACUGCUUGCUUUGAACACUGAAGAAUUGCCGGUAAUAGCUAGCUUGAAAGCUCAAGAAGGAAGAGUUGUGGAGCUGGCUGCUCUUUUAUUGGUUGCUGGGGACAAGUUGCUCACUCCAGUUACCGAAGACUGUGUAGAUAGUUCCAUUAUUGGCCAAUGCAUUCAUAAUGAAUUGCUUUUGCUAAUUGAUCAGGAAUUUAAGUUGAUGGUUACCGGUCGAAGUGAAGAGUUGAGCAAGUGCAGGCAAAUUAAGAAUGUGAUGCUUUCUGCAGCACUGAUGCUCACAGUCUUUUAUUCGGCUGGUCAAACCAUUAAUAGUUACCGCGAGCAUCUUGUUUUCUGGUCUGACUUACCAAAUUAUCUUUUGGCACGAAAUACUAUAUGUUUGAUUAAGGGAUUGGGAUUUGCUUUGAAGAGGGAAGAUCUUGAGUUGGAUGACAUUAAGUGUUUUAUGGCAAAACUUGACCCUCAAGAAUCAGUAAAACUUCGUACAUCUCUUGACCAAAUACUGCGAUCCAAUUCAAGUUCAUCUGAAUACUCUCAGAAUUCUGGAAAAUGGAAGCUGGUUGCAGACUCUUCAUCUACUAGCCAAGACUCUUUUCCUUUGUUACAGAAGUCAUUCCACACAUGUCACUUUCCCAGUGCAGCAUCUGGUUCUGCAAUGCGGAUUUUACGUGCUCUGACUAUCAAGAGAGGAUUUAAAUGUCCUUAGUACUUUGGCUUUUCUGAAAUUUGUAUCGCCAGCCAUUUGCUAGUGGUAGUAUUCUCUCGUUCUUUCCAUUUGGAUUGGACUGGCGUUCCAAUUGCUAACAAACUAUCCCUGUUUUAUGACAAUUAAACGAUUACAUCGCAA